AUGGUUGGAAGAGCUGACACGCUUGCUGCAGCGACGGUCCAGAAAAUAAUCAACGAAGUCCUCCUCACCAAUCCUGCUCUUAACAACAAUGCGGAAGGUGGCAAAAGCGACAUGACCUUCGCCAAGGACGCGCGAGAUGUCCUGAUCGAAUGCUGUGUCGAGUUCAUCACGAUGUUAAGCUCGGAAGCGAACGAGAUUGCGGAGAAAGAUGCGAAGAAGACGAUCGCAUGCGAACACAUCACUAAGGCUCUGGAAGAGCUUGGGUUUGGAGAAUAUGUGCCCGAGCUGCAGAGGGUGGCCGAGGAGUUCAAGGCGACCGCAGCGGUAUGUAUAAGAUGUGGAAGGGCAUGAAGAGACGUACGCUGACUUCGGAUCGACAGCAUCGCGAACGGAAGCAGACCAAGAUCGAGCAGUCUGGCAUGACGCAGGAAGAGUUGCUUAAACUACAGGACCAACUCUUCAAAGAUGCCGGAGAGAAGUACAACCCCGGCGCAUAA